AUGUCGAUAGACAUCAACUGGGACACUCUCACCACGGGCUCUGAUGGCGAAGCGCUGGCAGAGACUAUCAGGGCGUUCAUCCAUGAUCGCUUCCAACAGAUUGCCCUCCCACGCAUGAUACGCUCUGUCAAGUGCCACGCUUUUGAAUUUGGCAAUGUCGCUCCAACAAUCGAGCUCAAAGACGUCUGUGAUCCAUUACCGGACUUCUACGAAAACGACGCCGACGAUAGUCAAGAAGACGACGAGACGCCCGGCCAGAUUGACGAGAGCCAGCACAGUGCUGCAACUCCCAGGGUCGAUGAGACGCGUCCUCACCAUCAACACAACGCAUCCUUGAGCCGUGAUGAAUUCCACAAUCCUCGAUUGACAAGUUCUCGAGAGCACAUGGGAAACCCAAUUCUCUCAAGAACAGCUACGCCAGGAGUCUUAGGAGGCACGUCGAACUUGGGCUAUUUCCACUUGCCACUAUCGGCAGGACUUUCAGGUACCACGACCCCAUUGGCCGCUGUGGCCGGCGCACAAUUCCACAAUGCGCGACAUGGCCCCUCACAAUUGGCCCAGUCGCCAGAGAGCAACUACUCUGACAGUGAGCCACGGCACCGCUCAACUUCUUUCGGUUCCCAGACGCCUUCAUCUUCAAAGUCAUCCUCGCGUCCAACCUCAAAACAUAUGGAUUGGCCUGAGAAGUCCUUGCAACACGAUGACCACGACUCCGACACGUCACAUCACGGAGUUGGAGACGAGCAGGAACGUAGCCCCGAGGAUGUCCAGAUGGUCUUUCAUGUGGCAUACUGUGGCGACGUCAAGCUGAGGUUGACUGCUGAAAUUUCGCUGGACUACCCGAUGCCCAGUUUUGUAGGGAUCCCGUUGCAGCUCAACAUCACCGGUCUGACAUUCGAUGGUGUCGGAAUAUUGGCUUAUAUCAAGAAAAAGGCACACUUUUGUUUCCUUUGUCAGGAGGAUGCCGAGUCCUUGGUCGGUGGAUCGUUGACAGGCGAGCAUGAGGAGCACAGCACCAACUCAUCGCAGGGCUCACGCAAGCUGGGAGCUCUCUUGGAAGAGAUCAAAGUUGAAAGUGAGAUUGGUCAACGCGAGGGAGGAAAGCAAGUUCUCAAGAAUGUGGGGAAGGUGGAGAAAUUUGUCCUCGAACAGGUGCGCCGCAUCUUUGAUGACGAGUUUGUGUAUCCCAGCUUCUGGACCUUCUUGGUAUGA